AAAUUGCAAUACAUUCUAAGUUCAGAACUGCAAAUUUAAGCAAAUAAGAGAUGAGAUUUGAUAAAAUACAUUACUUUUUUGUUAAGUGAUGCAGAUUUUGCCACAUGCUAAAUGCGACAUUGCAUGUAAGCAAGUUUUUCCCUCAAGAAUAAGUGCAUUUGCAAAGAAAGAGUCUGGAAAAGUAUUCUUUUUAAAAAAUCAAAUUAUGUCUUAUUUCCUCCGCCGCUGCCCACAUGCCACAUUUUGUUUUUGCAUGUUGUCAUAUUUCCAUGACUGCAUUUAUUAUUAUGGGGCCUCAAAAACAGGAAGGGGUCUGUGAGCCUCCCCAGGUCUCCGAGAAGGCCUGGUCACGUUGCCUAGGGCUGAUGGGAGUUCAACAAUUGGAGAAUCACACAUUCCCCAUCCCUGUACUUGUUCAUGUAAUGUAAAAACAUAGUUUGUUACAUCCAAACAAGAACUACAUAGGUAGAGUACUUUGAGUACUCUGAAAUACCAUUUAAGUGCAUAACCAUUUAACUUAGAUAUCUGGUAGGGAUGUUACCAUUAUUGGUCAUUGUUCUCCCCCCACCUUUCCUACCAUCUCUCACACAUUUUCUUGGGAAUAAAAACAUCCUUACAAUAAAUCCUAUUCUGUGGAAUUUAGCUUCAGUCUACUUAGAGCAUCUUUGUUGUCAAAUUGUACAAAUCUCAAACCAGCAGCAAACUGAUCACUUAGGAUAGUAGUUUUCAACCUUUUGAAAUCCAGGACUCUCCUUUAACCCCAAAGUGCAUUGGGGAACCCAUUUCUCUCUCUCUCUCUCUCUCUCUCUCUCUCUCUCUCUCUCUCUCUCUCCCCCCCCCCCCCCCAGAUAUUUGUGUGGUGAUAGUGCUGCUGCUGUGACCCACUUUGGACCAGGAUGUGACCCAGGCUCUGGCUCCCCCUGGGUGUUUGCUUUUGUACAAAUCUGGCGUGCCAGGCAUGGUUCCCUGUGCUUAGAAUUACUGCAAAGGAAGUCCUGUGCCCACUAACUUUAGGUGAAAGUCCCACUGAAUUCAGUGCAAUUUAUCCCCAAAUAAAUAUGGAUUGGAUUGGCCUGCUUGAAGAUCAGCAUGUAAGCAAAAGCAGCCAUUGCAUGAAGCCAGCAUCUCCUGGGAUAAUGACUCUGGUUUCGUCUGGGGUUGCAGUUACUCUUGCUGGUGUGCUACGAGAUGAGAAUGAAGUGUCAGGUUGCUUCCUCCCACUGUGUUCCUGUGACUGGGAGAAUUUGGGGGGACUACCCUCCCUUUGGGGGGGGGCGUCUCUCUGUUUCUUAUACUUUGGCUCUCUCUCACCCAUCCUCCCUGGGCAAGUAAAAGUGGAGGGCUCCUUCGGAAUCAUCCUUCUUGACAGAAGAAACAAUUGAGAGGUGGGAGUAAAGAUGAUUCCCUACCGCGAACAAUAGUGUACUGCUAAGGGAUACAAGACAGGGCCAAGGAAAGGACAGUGCUCAAGAGAGCAAGUAUUACAGUAUUCCACAACCAUGUUCAGCUCCCUUACCCAGGAUCUUGGAUACAAUGCAACAAGCAGUGUUGUCUUGAAUGAUGACACAAACCUCUCCAUUGUGACAUUGACUAGUAAGCCCUUUCUUCCCUCAGAGGAAAAGGAAUGUGAACCCAGCAAACAGCUGGGAGCAAUCACCAACAAGAACACUGCUCAUGUUGUGAACAUCGGUCUUCAAGACUGGAACGCCAAAGUCUGGAGAAGUCAAGCUAUGGGUCAAGAUUUUCAAAAUGGAUCUUACUAUAGAUCUUUGUGAAUGAAGGAGGGAAGGACAAUACCAACAAUCUUUUUCUAGCUGGUGAAGAAUCAGUUGCUCUUCUGGUACUUAACAAAUAAACAAACAAACAAACAAACAUAAACUCUCUGUGAUCCCAAAGAUGGAAAAAGAAAUAAAAAAAACUGAGAAUGAAGAGUCAGUUGAAGUCCAAACAAUUCAACAGUGCCCCCUGACGACAAAGAGAGAAUUAUCCAGGAAUCCCCUACUGCUGGAAAACUGCCUGCCAGAUACAAUUUCUGAAGCUUCAGUAACCUCCAGCAAUGCCUAUGGAAUGAUGCUGUAUGACGCAAAAGGAAAGGAAAAGGAAACACCGCUAGCCUCUGAUGACCGUGAUAAAAUGUCUCAUAUGCAUUCACAGGAAUUCGAUUCAAAAAUGAGUGGGAACGGUAAUCAAAACUAUCGGCAUGGGAAUCAGAAAUUGCAGCUGGUGGAGCAAACAAUGGCACAGAUUUUAGACCUGCCUCUGGACAGCAUCGACUCGCGCUCCACAGCUUUGCGCUGUCAGGGCAUGCUUCUCAUUCAGGACCUAAGCCAAGUGGAGCCUUCUCAUUGGCCUAAAGAGAAGCUGCUCAGCACUUGCAUUGCCAGCGUCUUUGCCUUGCCCUCGGUUGACACUUUACAAAGUCAGAGCAAAGAAGAAGUUGACGUACAGGCAUUGUACAAGCAGACCUUAGAGGCUAUAGAAUCAAUGCUGAAAAGCUUAUUGGCAGAAAGACCAAACAUAGAUGAACUGGCCACACUCUUAGAACAUUUGAUGCCCUGGAUGAUAUCAGGACAAGCACAUGAGCGGGCAAGAGCAGCGAACACCUAUGUAUCCCUGUUAAAAUUUGCAGCCACCUGCCCCACGUUUCAUGUGUCACCUGAUGGAUGUCCUAAGCUUGGGCAUCUGAUUGGUCAGCUGUGUCUGCGUCUCAAUGACCCCCAAGAGGAAAUUGGUGAACAGGCUAUGGAAGGCAUGUAUUUCCUGUACUCCCUUAUGCUGCGCCAAAAGGGCUUCGAAAACAAAAGUGACUCCCUGGAAGCAGAAGAGAUCCAACUGUAUGAAGAGAUUCUGGGUUCCUAUGACCCUACUACGUCUCAUCAAAAUAUCACCCAUAUUAUUCAGGAAUUUCUGCCCUACCUCACAGCACUACAGAUCACAGAGCUUUUGUUGACCGCUAUAGACUGCCUAAAGGAAGCCAAUAGGAGCACCACUGCGGCAUCACGUGACAUCACAUCUGUAAUCCUGCAGCAAUACAUGCACAGGUUACAUGGGCAGGUGCCGGAAAUUGUGGAUAAGAUCUACCAGCAGCUUGGUUCCAUUUACCAGUACCAGGACAGGCAAAUAAUGAUGGGGGUCCUGGCCCAGCUGGCUCAUACCUACAUGGCAGAAGUAUGCAGUGCCCUUCUCCAGUGCCCUCUACCAAUUGACAGGUAUGCUUCUGAGAUGUGGCAUGUGUUGACCAAAACAUGUUCGAAUGAUGACCUAACUCUCCUUGUGAAUGUACUGCUGAAAAAGCUGCAGCUGAGCCCAAAGGUCACGGGAAACUAUAUCACACCUCUGGCUGCUGCCAGCGCUUUCUCGAAGCUGUUAUCUAUGCCCAAAAGUUCGGAAGUGGCCCUCUACAUCUACCCCCGGCUGCUGAUGGCGCUGCUUGUUCAGGUGCACUAUAGCAUCAGGCACAGCGUAAUAAAGAACUCAGAUUCUCAGGAGGAAUUUGAGCCUGUGGGCUAUAUUGUAGCAGCACUGAAGAUUCUUCUCCUAGCUGUGAGGUGCUAUUGUGAGUUUACUCUUAUUGAGAAGGAGCGGGGCUGGGAGCUCCUCAUCAGCUGUGAAGAUCACCAUCGGGGAGUAGGCCUUAUUGCAAGAAUCAUGCUUCAGACCUCCAAUUAUGACCUUUUGAGGAUCUUGUACCUCCUAGUUCCCUUCCUGGAGCGAGGUGAUGAAGAGCACCAGAUCACAGGAUUGGCUUUCUUCAGCGAACUUCUUUGUAUGUCAGAGGCCAGAAGACUUCCCAAACAAUAUUCUUUGUAUCGUCUGAAGCGAGGACUGGCUAAUGAAAACCCAGUCAUCCGGACAUUGUGUAUCAAAGGACUGGUUAACAUUGCAUACUGGAUAGGAAAGGAGGAAGUAAAGAUUGUAUUGCCUGCCAUGACAAAAGGUCUUUCUGGGAUGGAUGGGCAGCUGUUUGUAGAGGCAGUUGCUGAAAUUGAGAAGAUUCUUAAUGGCCCAGAAGGAGCAGACUGUAUUUGCGAUAUCAGCCUUUCUCUUCAGGAACUAUUCAGUGACGAAAGAGCAAGUGUCCGUGCUUCCGCCAUAUGUCUUUUUGGGAAAAUGGUGAAACGGGCUAAGAAAAAUAACAAGCAUGCAAUGAGGCAUCAGGUACUAGAAAACUUGGUUCCAUUACUUCUGCAUCUCGAAGAGGAGGACCCUGACAUCCACAAGGAAUGUAGUUAUGCCUUAAAUGAAUCCUUUCAGUUCCUGGGAUGGAAACUACCAAAGCAGGUUGUCAGCAGGAAAGCUUGGCCUGAGCAUGAAGAAGUUCUGGAUGAAACCUGCCAGUACCUUGUGCAGAAGCAAGAGGCAAAUCUCCAGAGAUUCUUGUACCAGGACCUUUACUACACUCAGAGUGAACUUCUUCCGAUAAAAAGGGCUUCCAUCGUGUUCCUUGGUUUUCUAGUACAACAUAUGGACAGCAAGGCAGGAACUACAGACUUGGAAAUGAUCAUUCAUGCUCUUGAAGGUUUGAUGCACGACCCAGAUGCUUCUGUGUGCAUAGCUGCAGCACAUGCCCAUGAGCGCGUUUCUUCUGUUCUCUCCAGUCAGAAGGAGAGGCUUGAAAGCAACUGCAAGACGGAGGCCGGUGACACUGCUGCUGAAAAUGCGCUAAGGAGUUCCAGAGCCCUGAAUAGUAUCCGCCACACCCCUUCCAGACUUCUUGCUGUUAUAAACCUCUGGAGAUCGGCCAAUGGAAAUUAAUAGUGGACUGGAAGAGGAGAAAGGAUCUUGGUGUAUAGCUCUUCCUAACAGCAGCAACAACAAAAAGGCUGUGAAUAUCACUCUUCCUAUACUGAACCUCAGCAAGAACAUUAUAAAGGACCAUAAAAGGAAUUGAUAAUUUACCAGCUACCUGGAUAAUAAAGAACAUCAAUUCC